AUGUCGCAAUUGUUGCCUGCUAAUUGCAUGCAAAGUCUGCCAGUCGAACUUGUGACGUUUUUAACCAGUAUGCAGUCACAGUUCAAUGCACUUAACGAACCUAAUGUCCGGCAGGAGAAUGCUGAUCUUCGAUCUCAAUUAUUGCAAAAUAAUGUGACUGGUCCUGUUCUCAACUCUGCUUCUCUUCCUGCACCCCAGUCAACUGAAGAUCUUGGAACUGCUGCCUCCACUUGGGCCACCAAAACAAGCUUGAUUCUGCCAGCCAAGACAUCUCGAGUUCCUUCUGCCUGCCGGGUUGCUGCCUCUCAAAGACUGUUCUCUGACAAAACUGGUCCUGAUGGUUUUGAAUAUGUUUAUAUUCCUCGCUCACGUCUUAUUAUGCACAGUGAAGUGCGCCGCUCUCUCCGCACUCUUGGUGUUGAUACUGGUCAUCUGUUAGAUAUUAACUUUCCUGCUCAUGGGGUUAUUGGAAUUCUUGUUCAUGUGCAGUAUCUUGAGGAAUUUAAGUCCCAAUUAGCUAGUGCUAAGGUCUCUCUUGUCAACAACUUUGAUCCACUUGAUCCUAAAAAUGUUGCUGAUCCCAAGUUUGCUAACUUGUCUGUCUCUGGUCUUGAAACCCAGGCUUUGGUUCUCCAAAAUGCCCGCUGUCUCCAAGCCCUCAAGUUUUUGUGUUCUCACUUAGUUCUGCCAGUUGCUCACUUCUUUGUCCAGUCAGGAUGGAUUGGACUUGAGGAAAUUCCUGCCCGACCAGUAGCUGAACACUUUGGAUUGUGGAAUGCUAAUGGACUUCAACCUUGUGCAAUUAAAGACGUGCUCAACCACUGUCAAUCUCUUCAUAUGCUUUUUAUAACUGAAACAUGGCUCUUAUCCCCAGCCCGUCUUCCAACAUCAUGGUCUCAGUUUCAUCUCUACGGAUCUCCUGUUGCUGGCAACUACUGCGGAUCAAUGGGAGUGUCAUUGUUAGUCUCUCCUUCCUGUCCUUAUGCUGUCACACAAAUAUCUAUGCCCAACAACUAUGCUCUUGCUGUCAAGAUUGGUACCCUUCGACUUAUAUGCCUUUACUUACCACCCUCUAUGCCCACUCAUGAAGCUCUUGAUAUCCUCUCAGCCAUUCCUUUAACUGAUGAUACCAUUAUAUGUGGAGAUUUUAAUGCACGCCUUGGUUCAGUAACUGGUGACUAUGCAUCUAACCCUCGUGGCUCUGAUCACCGACUUCUCUCACUUUCCUUUACUUAUGACCUGCAACACUCACCACCAGCAUCUCCACCUAUGCGCCAAACUUGGAAUCUGUCACGUCUUUAUGAAGAUGAUGUCAGAUCAUUAUAUGACACCACCUUUGUCACCAAAUCCGCCUCCCUUCUCACCACACUGCAAGACCUUGUUCAGAAUCCACCAACUAUAUGUUCACCCAUUGAUGCUCUUACUAACUCUUUCAAUGCACUCAUUUAUGACUCUCUUAGUAGCUCAAUUGGUUCUCGCCCCCCUCGCCCCUCACAUUGGAAAUCGUUUUGGAUCCCUGCAUUGCAAGCUGCAGCCGACCAUAGAGAUGGUUGUUACAAGCAAUGGCGUCGAGCUUGUGGCAUUGACAAGAUCAAUUGGUGGAGCCGGCACCAGCAUGCACACAAGGAGUUUCGUCAGCAAGUUCAGACAGCAAAGCAUUUGUCUUGGCAUGCUUUUUAUCGCUCAAUGAACUCGGAUUUCAACAAGGCCACAUCUAAGAUAAAACAUGGACAUAUUCUUUCUAACAUUCGACCUUCACCACCACUCAACACCUCUCUCAUGCCUUUUGCCUCUGUUGACUCCCCAUUCACCUCAUCAGUGCUGGAGGCCUUCAUGCAAUUUAUGUCUAACCACAAGACACCGGGUCCUGACCACAUCCGUGCAGAAAUGCUAAAGCCCAUUCGGUCUCACAUCUCACCUCUCCUUGCCUGUCUUUUCACCAUCUGCUGGCAAUAG